CAUACGUAUUUGAGUGGAACUUCGUUUCUUUAAUAUAUUUGGGAGGGGUGGAGGUGGUUGCUGUCAGUUCGGCUCAGCAGCAUUCCCACAAUACUUGGAAGAAUUGUUUUCUACUUCUCCUCUGCUGUUAUUUCAUUUCCCACAAAGUAGAAACCUAGGCACUCUAUGUAUUGACUCCAAUCUUCUAUGGACAAGUCAUAUGGGUCAAUUUUGCCAAAGAAUGGCAUGACUGAGGAAUCAAGUACUUGGAUCAAGUAAUAUAGAUCUCCCUUCAGCAAACACAGGAAUGUACCAACUGAACAUUCACCUAAAAAGUGGUAUCAAUCUAGCAGUACGAGAUCGUGGAGGAACAAGUGAUCCAUAUGUGAAGUUCAAAAUAGCAGGGAAGGAAGUUUACAGAAGUAAAAUAAUCCAAAAGAACCUCAAUCCAGUUUGGAAUGAAGAAGCUUCUCUUCUGAUACAAAAUGUUGCAGAACCUCUGUAUAUAAAGGUGUAUGAUUAUGACUUUGCAUUACAAGAUGACUUCAUGGGUUCAGCUUAUCUGGAUCUAACCAGAUUGGAAUUAAACAGUCCAACUGAAGUCACCUUAAAUCUGAAGGACCCAAGCUGCCCCGUUCAAAUUCUAGGGUGCCUGUUAAUGACAGUUACCUUGGUUUGCAGAGAAACUGAUACAAGACACACUAAGAUGUUUUUGAGAAGGAAUUGGACACCAUCCUGCAAGGUACAGAAUGCUCGGCUUCUGGGGGCACACAGAAGUGACCAGCUCUGGAGAGGGGUUGUCAGUGUCACUCUAAUUGAAGGCCGAGACUUAAAACCCAUGGAUCCAAAUGGACUCAGUGAUCCAUAUGUAAAAUUCAAAAUGGGUUGUCAGAAGUACAAGAGUAAGGCUAUUCUAAAAACUCUGAAUCCUCAGUGGAGGGAGCAGUUUGAUUUCCUUCUUGCUGAGGAAAAGGAUGGCAUCAUAGACAUCACUGUGUGGGACAAGGACUCAUUGAAAAAGGAUGACUUCAUUGGCAGUUGUCAAAUUGACUUAUCAGGCCUAAGUAAGGAACAUACACACAAAUUAGACAUAGCCCUGUCAGAAGGAAAAGGCCACAUAGUGCUUCUGGUCACUCUAACAGCAUCUACUCCAGUCAGUGUCUCGGAUCUGUCUUUCUGCAUGUUGGACAACGAGGGAGAACGCAGUGAAAUAGCGGGAAAAUAUUCGUUAUUAAGAUCCUUCCAAAAUCUGAGAGACAUAGGAAUCAUCCAGUUAAAGAUAAUCAAGGCAGAAGGGUUAAUGGUGGCCGAUGUCACAGGGAGCAGUGACCCAUUUUGUGUGAUUGAACUGAACAAUGACAGACUGCAGACACAUACUGUCCAUAGGAGUCUCAACCCUGAAUGGAACAAAGUCUUCACUUUCAACAUUAAGGACAUCCACUCAGUUCUGGAAGUGUCAGUUUAUGAUGAAGACCGGGAUCGGACUGCAGAUUUCCUGGGCAAAGUUGCCAUACCUUUGCUAACUAUUCAAAAUGGUGAACAGAAAGCCUACGUCUUGAAAAACAAGAAUCUGACAGGGGCAACAAAGGGGGUCAUCUAUCUUGAAAUGGAUGUGAUUUUUAAUGUUAUAAGAGCAGGCAUCAGAACAAUCACCCCCAAAGAACAGAAAUAUAUUGAAGAUGAGCAGAAAAUCUCAAAAGAGCUCCUCCAGAAAAACUACUACCGUGUGAGGCGCUGCAUCAUGGUACUGGUAAAUACCGGUCGCUACAUUAACAGCUGCUUUGGAUGGGAAUCACCACAGAGGAGUCUCACUGCUUUCCUGAUCUAUCUUGUUGCAGUUUGGAACUUUGAACUCUGGGUGAUCCCACUGAUGCUGCUCGUGUUGAUGAUCUACAACUACUGUUUAAUUAGAUCAGGAAAGGACAACAGAUUCAGCUCUAUGCAAGAGUUAGAAGAGAGUUUAAUAGCGUAUGAGGAGGAUGAAGAAGACAAAACUGACAAGGAAACUGAAAGGAAAGGCCUGAUAGAUAAAUUGACUGCUCUCCAGGAAGUGGGUGUAGCUGUCCAGAAUGGCCUGGAUGAAGUGGCUUGCCUUUAUGAAAGAGUAAAAAAUACCUUCAACUGGACAGUUCCUUUCCUGAGUUGGAUGGCUGUUUUUGUCCUCUCUGCCGGCACUAUAAUCCUUUAUUUUAUUCCGCUAAGAUACAUUCUUCUUGUCUGGGGUAUCCACAAAUUCACAAAAAAACUUCGCAAUCCAUUACUUAUUGAUAAUAAUGAACUGCUCGACUUCCUCUCCAGAGUUCACUCAGAUGUGCAAGUGGUGCACUUUCACGAGUUGAAUCAAGAAUCUAGUCAGGGAAUGAUGACUUUUAAGAAGAAAAACAACUCAGGAUAGCCAAACCCCUCAACCAGAGAAAUGCAUCUGCUUUCUGAAGAUUAGAAAGGGAUCGGCUGCCAGAGUACCAUUUCCUUUUCUUCAUUCAUUUAUUUUCAUUUUUAUAAUGAAAUGUAGCAUCUGUAAAUGUUGUACAAUAUUGAACUCUGUAUUUGAAAAUGCAUACUGCUUAUUAUUGUAUAAAACAUAUGUUAAAACUGUUAAAAUUAUGUUCUCAUGAUAUUAAAGCUUUGCAGAAUAUG